CAGAAAGCAUUCUCAAACCACGUGUUUGACAGGAAUAUAUUGCGUGCGCCGUACUGACUUUUUGCUUAAAGUUGACCAUAGUUUUCUGCACGAACGCGUUGUUUUCUUUCUCGAGAUUGACCGUAGGUUAUUUAAUCAAGUUUAAAACAGUUGUGAACUUUUAAGUACAAGAAUGACGCUAAAAAUUAACAAAGCGGCUGGCAAGAAAACCAAAAAGCAAGUUAUCGUAGCAGAUGCCCCAGGUUUCACUCAUUCAGAAAGCAAACUUAUCGACCAGUUAGAAGCUAAGAAAAAAGUCAAACAUGAAAAAGUAGUCGAAGAAGAUUCCGGUAAAGUUGGAAACAUGUUCAAAAAGAAAAAGAAAACUGCUGAUGCUGAAGAAAACAUUGAAGAAGAAGAAAAGAAAGUCAUUGUUAAAAAGGAGAAAAAGUCCAAGAAAAUGGAAGUGGAUAAUGAAGAUUUUGAAGUUGUCAAGCCCUCAAAGAAAUCAAAGAAAACUGAAGAAACAGAGUCUUCAAGUGACGUAGUCAUCCCUGGCUUCUCAGCACCAAAGGUAGCACCUAAAAGAAAACAUGAAGGAGAAGAAGUCAAUGGUAAGAAAGCCAAAAAGACUGUUGGGGAACAGACAAGUGUAUUCAAGAAGAAGGAAAAAGAAGCACUCAAAGUUGAACGAAAGACCAAGGAGAAUGAAAAUCGCUAUUUGCUGUCUGUUAAAGCCAAAAAGCUCUGGGAGGAACUCAGAAGGGAAGACACUACCAAAGAACGUCAACUUUCCAUUAGUGCUGAUCUCUAUGGAUUGAUCAAAACUCAUGCAGCAGAGUUGGUCUUUGCCCAUGAUACAGCCAGAGUUAUUGAAUGCUUGUUUGAGAAAUCAUCUCAGGAUAUCAGAGAUGCCUUAUUCAAUGAACUUAAAAGCCAUACUGUUAAUUUGGCUAAAUCACAGUACGCACAUUUCUACUUGAUGAAAGUUCUCCGCCAUGGUAACAAGGAACAGCGAAAUUAUGUCAUCACUGCGUUAAGCGGAAAAGUUGUCUUUCUUAUGAAACACAAGUUCGCCUCCAAAGUGGUUGAAACUGCAUAUAACGAUUGGGCUAACGCAAGUCAACGCGCUCUGCUGAGCCAGGAAUUUUACGGACCUGAAUUUAAACUAUUUAAAGAUGAGUCCAUUACUACGUUGAGUGCUGCACUGGCUAAACAUCCCGAAAAGAGGGAAGUAUUCCUAAAGCAUAUGAACCAGGCCAUCGAACCAAUCAUUGCCAAAGGUGUCUUCAAUCACAGUUUAUUGCAUCGUUUGACUAAUGAGUACCUUACUCACUGCAAAGAGAAUGAACGCUCUGAAAUGAUCCAAAGUCUUCGUCAGGCAGUCGUUCAAGUUUUGCACACUCGCGAUGGAGCUCGAGUCGGAAUGACGUGCCUCUGGUAUGGUACCCAAAAAGAUCGAAAGGAUAUCAUCAAAAGUUUCAAAGGUCACGUAACUAAGAUCUGCUUAGAGGAGCACGGCCACAUGGUGCUGAUGGCGCUUUUCGAUUCCGUGGAUGACACCAAACUCGUCGCCAAAGCUAUUGUCACAGAAAUUGCUACCAACUGGAGAGAUAUUGCUGUUCACGAGCACGGCCGAAAGGUUGUCAUGUACUUGCUUGCUGGUCGCGAUCCCAAGUUCACCCAUCCACAGAUUAUUGACAUAUUGAAGCAAGGAGACGGCAAUCCCAACAGCAAAAAAGAUAUGGAAACUCGUCACAAGGAACUUCUCCAGUAUGCCUCCCCUUCCUGGUUGGAAGCUGUCUCACACGAACCUGAAAUGUGGUUGAAAGAUAGCAAAAACUGUCUUGUUCUUGGCUCCAUUCUUAAAUUUUGCGUCGGGGAAGAAUUGCAAGCUGCUUUUAAAGCAGUGGCUUCAGUUAUCGGUAACCCACUCGACCAAGAUCUGAGAAACGCGUUUAGCUCUAGUGGCGAAAAAGUUCAAUAUUGGGUUGAACAGUCGGCUGUUCAUAUGACGGUUAAAAAGCUAAUUCAGUUUGACAAGCUACGAACGCAACCUCCCUAUUUUAGCCAGGCAAUCAUCGAUGAAGUAGACUCUGAUGAGAUUAAAGGUUGGCUAAGCUGCAAUCGCGGUUCUUUCUUGCUCGUUGGAAUGGUUGAAACCGAAAUUGACAGUGUCAUACAGGCAGUUUUAGAAAAACUUAAAAAUUUGAGAAAAUACCUACAAAAACAAACCAACAAAGGCUCUGACAUCCUUGAUUCCAAAUUGGCUAAGUUGGAACCAAUCUAGACUUCACUGUUGAACUGUAAUCGGAAAAAAAAAAUUGGAAUAAAAAAUAAUUUCUGGAA